AUGCCUUCGGAAGAUGAGCAACUCGUCGACCCGGUACCACUCCGCCCAGGCCAUUCGAACCGACGGGCCGCGCCUAGGAGAGUACCGCGCCUCGGCGAGAACAGCGCGUCUGCGCUGGCAUCUGACACCGACACCACGAGUAGCUCGUCUUCUUCUUCUUCUUCAGCGUUCCCGCCGAUCCGGCGGCCUCCGGCGUGCCGUCGGCCACCGUCGGAUAUGAAUCUCUCAUUGAGAGCUCCGAUAACCGAGAUGCUCGAGGACGGGGGCGAGCUCCCUCCUGGCGGUCCCAACUUCUCUACACCUCGACCGCAGCGCGAGAAGAACCCGCGAGAAAUCUUACACGAAGGCGAGCGAGGCUUCAUAGUCGACCUCAGGCUCAAUCUGGAUGUUGAGGUCCACAUCAAGGCGAAGCUUUCGGGGGACCUGACGCUAUCAGUGUUGUAA